GAGCACGGUCAGAUACUUGUGUCUAGGUUUUACUUUCGAAACAUGCAGUUAAAAAAAUAUUGAUAAUUUUCAAUCUAUUUAAAUAUAUGGAAGUGCCCCUACAAUUACUACAUUUUAUGCUAUUGUUAUUAGUGCUGUUAUAAUUUAACCCUGGAAUUGUUGCCCCUUUUAAACUUGUAGUUUUCUCUCUCUUCAAAACAUAUUUUAGUUACUACAACGCUAUUACCAUAGCCUUGGUUGUUUACAGUAAAGUGGUGCUGCAGGACGCGCAGGACAGUCUUAUUUAAGAUGUUGCAUAUUUGUUUUUAAAUGUUUGGAAAUUAUUCGUGCACAAGGUUUUAAUAUACAUCCAAAUUCAAAUUGGACGAUUGUAUUGUAGAAGAGAGUGUCUGUGCUGGAGGGCAAUGCCAGCACUGUGGACGGUCUAUGUCGGUUAAGAAUGCCACGCUUUGUUUGCUAUACGUGGCCAUAAAGAAUGCGUGUGUACUGUAAUUGUUUGUCCGGUGUUUGGAUGUCCUUUCAAUGGCAGUUAACACAUCCGCACGUAUACGUGAUGGCCGUGCAAUCAGAGCCAGAGCACUUUCAUGUGCUACUCACAAAAAGCAAAAAUUGCUUGGAAUUAUUGCUUUGUCCCGGAAAAUUGCAUACAAAUAACCGUUUUGCAAUAUCAUGAAAUGAAGAAAAAGGAGCCUUGUGCAUUUAUGGUGGUUUGCAACGUGGGAUAUGAGAGUUUUUAAGUGUGUCAUAAGCGCGGGUUCCACUUAUGCACACGUCUUAUUAUGCUUUAUAUGCAUUCUUUAUAUGUCCGCAGAGCAGCGGCUCCUCGGUGCUUGCAGCUUGUGCACCGUUAUAUUUUUCUAAUAUUUAAUGAGCUCAUAUACAACGUUACAGUUCAUGCUGUUGUGUAGGCGUGUUUUUGUUUCCCUGUUUCUCUUUUCUCUGACUCCACGCCUUUUAAAUUACAACAACCGAUAUGUACGACACUAUAGCAGACAAUCUCCUUUGUCUGUGUUAACCUUUAUUUUGGCUUGGAUUUCAUAUCUUGUGAUUCGGAGGAGGUGGAUAUUCUCACAUGCAGGAAAGCCUCCCCCGCAUAAGUUUGGCCCCAUGCAGUAAACAAGUUAGUUGAUUGGUUUUGCUUUAUAUACUGUGAUUUAAUAAGAAAAACAUCAACGUGAGCCAGUCCGAGCAGUGUUGGUGGUACCAAUGCCAUGCUUUCCAUUGGUUCCUGUUUACAUGAUGCCCACAGGAUGCGCGGUGAUUGGUGGCGCUUCCCACGUGACCAGACAACUUUGUACAUUUGACAGGGAGUAGGAGGGUUUUGUGGAGAUCAGAAAAACGACAGCGCGAUAAAAAUUAGUAUUGUUGCACUUCACAAAUUAAUGACCAUGAGUUCCUACUUGAUAAACUCCAACUAUAUCGAGCCUUCCUUUCCUCCAUGCGACGAAUACCAGCAGAGCGGAUACAUCCCCAACCCUGGUGAUUACUACGAGCGGUCCAAAGAUACGGGCUUCCCCCAUCACGACGAGCAAUCCUAUCCGAGGUCGAACUAUACUGAAACGGGCUACGAUUACGGCAACGUUCCCGCCGCCGGACUCGAUGAUUUCGCCGAAGGACAUCAUGCACAGCCGCAACCGGUUCCACAGAGCCACGGUCCUAGCCUCGCCGCGGCCCCAGACGGUGGCGCAGUGGCCAACGCCAGCAAAGACUGCAGCCUCGCUAGUGAGAUAUAUCCCGGUGCAGCGAAGGGAAAGGAGCCGGUGGUCUAUCCGUGGAUGAAAAAGGUCCACGUUAACAACGUCAAUCCCAAUUACACUGGAGGAGUGCCCAAGAGGUCCCGCACUGCCUACACCCGCCAGCAGGCUCUGGAGCUGGAGAAAGAGUUCCAUUUCAACCGGUACCUGACUCGGCGCAGGCGGGUGGAGAUUGCGCACACCAUGUGUCUGUCAGAGCGCCAGGUCAAGAUCUGGUUUCAGAACCGGAGGAUGAAGUGGAAGAAAGAGCACAAGCUUCCCAACACCAAGAUCCGCUCUUCCAGCUCGGCCUCGUCCUCAGCCUCGGGGGCCCAGCAGCAGCAGCAGCAGCAGAUCAAAACAGGCCAGCCGCUGGUCCCCACGCCGUGCACGGCAGGUCUAUAGUGCCUGAAUGAACCCCAUCCAACAAAAAACCCAAUCCAGACUGAGAUGGCAAAUAUCACAAGUGGAAUUUGAUGGACCUAUUCUCAGUAUUUUACACAUGGUGUUAUCUCUUUCACCUUGCCUCUGCCAUUGGGCCCCUGUCACGUCCUUUGUACCCUUUCUCCUCUGUGGUCGUCCUCGCCCUCUUCAUAUAAGCUUGAAAUUCACCUUUAAUUGCCACGAUGGCAACAGAAGUGUUUAUAUAUUUGUUUAUUAUUAAGAAAGAAGGAUAACGCACAUUCAAACGUAUGACUUGGAUCAACAUGUAUUAUUACAGUUCAAAUAGAGUGAGUUGAAAGUAAGUUUGAACUCAUUUUUCUAUAUGUUCUCUUUAAGUAUUGUUUUUCUGUUUUUUGUAUUAUUUCUCAUGGAAAGCUCUAAUAUACUUGAAAGAUAUUUAGCGAGACUCUAGAUGGCUGUUUAGAGGUAUGGCAUCAGUCAGAGUAAGUGUAGUUUGUGUGUUUGAGUCGGUUGGUUUACUGUUGAAUGUCGUCCAUGGUGACUUUCACAUUUAAUGUACAUAGGCAAAUCAUAAUGAAGGCACAAUAAGAGAAGCAUUUCGUCAAGUAGAAAUAUGUUUGUUGGUAUUGUAUGGUCUAGGUUUAUUUGUGCUAUAGUCCGUCCCAUGUUGUGCUGUGUUCUAAACUGUGAAUAUUUGUAUUUGUUGUCUCAGUAAUGACCUUUGUGAUGUAGUGUAGGCUCAGUCUGUCCUUUGUGAAAUAAAUAUGUACUUCACUUAUAA